AUGGGCCUAUAUAAACAGAAACAUGAAUCCGGACAUUUAAAAAAACAAAUAAAUGUAAACUUUGGCGAAGUUGAAGUAAAUGGGAAAAAUGCAUGCGGUUUGUGUAGAUUUUUAAGAAAAAAAUCCCGCUUACGUGGAAUGCUAAUUGGGUGGAAUUUUGGAAAGUUUCUGUUGGACAGAGAAGGAUAUAUUGUUGAUUAUUAUGGACCAACACAAGAACCUUUGGAGUUAGAAGAAAAAAUCAUAGACCUGCUCUCUAAAAGGUAG